AUGUGUGAAAGGAUGGUAACUUAUUAUUUUUUGUCAUCACCACAUUUCGUUUUAAAACGUUCAUUCUCUACUGCCUCAUUAAAAGUUCGAGGAGAUUAUCGUGAGCGUCAAGAGUUUAACUUUGUUGAAAAGAGAGAUGAAAAGAGCCUUCCUUGGACAAACUCUUAUCGUUUGUGGAAGUGGUAUAGACCUGAACAAGAUGCAACGGAGGUUGAAAAUGUUUACAAUGAUGGAAUUUUUUCAACGUGA